CUAACUAACAUUCACUGCCGAUAAAAAGUUGGUCCCGUUAUCGAGUCCCGCACAGACCGGACAGACACACCGAGCAUCUAACGCUUUUGGCGGAUCUGCCGUUUACAACUAGCCAGCCAACGACGUCCAUAUCUGCUAGCUAACAUGCUAGCUGCUUGGAGGGGGGGCGACUGUCUGGUGCUAGAAAACUUGGGCAAAGAAGGUAAAUAUCGCAAAAAGAACCGUCGUGCAACUAAUUUGUGUAAGCACGGACCAUUCUCAACUAAAAAAACAGUCAACCCGUUCGACACCACAGGCAGGAAUUUGGCGUAAACCUUAGCCAAUUAGCUCGGUUAUGUUACAAGCUGACUGCUAUAGACGCUAACCGAUGUUAGCCUGAGAGCUAGCCAGUUAGUUCGUCCCGUCUCAUUUCACGAUCUCCGCUGAGAGGGGAAAAAAAUCACAAGUCAACGGCGCAAACAGUGAGCUUCUCUGGUUUGCGAUAGACGGAGAUUAUUACACCCAUCCCGGCCGCCGAUGGGACGAGGGAUCGGCUAUAUCUCGGUCUGAUCUUCCCCGAGGCAGUCGGCGGCGUUUGGCAUUGACGCUUUGGAGCUCCGCUGUGCAGACAGACAGGCAGGCAGGCAGGGCGGCGGGGGGAACGCCUCGUUUGCAGGCUUGUCUGGACCGCUCGUCUCCGGUAUCAGGUUGCUGUGGGUUGGGGGUGGAGGACAGUCCUGCAGGAGGCGGGGUGAUGCAGCGCCGCUGUGCCGCAGACUAUGGAUAUAACACCAAAACACGUGCUGCGUUCAGGUACUCCAUGCAAGUCUCCGAGUUUUUCACUUUACUGUAGUAAACACUGUAAAGCUUGGCUCAGGUUGAACUUGCAUUUUAAAGCAAUGUGAAGCAAUCUGAAUGCAGGAAAAAUGCUGCUUCAAUAUGUGCGCUAUUAUAUCAGGUAUUUUUCUGAGAGAGAGGCUACAUCAUUUCUAGUUAUUUGUGAAAACAUGCCAAUAGUCCUAUAAUAAAUACACAUUUUAAAAGUAUAACAACAAUAUAUACCAGUAGAUAUUGUUGUUGCACUUUUUCCUCAUGGGUAUCCCUUUAAUUUAACGUUUGACCUCCUUAAAGUUACUAUUUCCGAUUGUUGCUGAAUGCAUCGAUAGUUACUGAACUAUUAGUGUUACUUUACUGCCUCUGUGUGGUCACAUAACUUUACACAGAGUUUAAGGCCUAAAUCACCAAACUGUAUAGCCAAAACAAUAAUUAUUCCAGCAGGUGGCAACGUUAGCCCGUACCUACGGAGGAACAGUAUGCGGGAUUGUAGUUAUAUAACCUCAAAAUAGUAUUAUGUGCAGCUCAAAUUAGGGGAAUUGCAAUCUAAUAUUCCUAACUUUCUACCUAUCAAUUUAUAUUUAACUAGCAUAUCUGGCAAGCUGAGAGUAUCCCUCAGACACAGUGUUGAAAUAAUGCUGUCAUGUUAUAUAAAAGUAUAAAUGAUGGAUGAAUUAGUUUACAGCGCUGUCCUACUAGACGCUGUUACACGGAGGAAGGGGGCGUGCCAGUUGGCGCGAGGGACCUCCGCUGACAGGACAGAGCGCAGCGAGCUUCGGAUGUCGGCUGUUGACAAGGGCAGUCAUCCUCUGGCCUCCUGGACUGCUGCUUCACCUGUACACGUGAGCGCGUAAAUGUUAACAUCAAGGGUACCGUAAUGGCAGGAUAAACCAGUGCGCCUUUACGCACGUCGAGACCGCCCGGAGCGAAGGGGACUCCGAACCUUCGCGUCGCCGCUUGGAACAGCAGCACCCCGACCGGUGGUCCCGCUCCUCUUCAGCGAACCUGGCCGUCUGAUGAAAGGUGGGGCCGCGCCAUGGCUUCUGCUCCACCCGAGGCGAGGAAGUUCACCCGGGGGCUCAACAAGCCGGGCACCGCCGCGGAGCUGAGGCAGAGCGUCUCCGAGGCUGUCAGGACGUCAGUGUUGAUGGUGAAACCGAAGAUCAUAGAGCCUCUGGACUAUGAGAAUGUGAUUCUGCAGAGGAAGACGCAGAUCAUCAGUGAUGUUCUGCGGGACAUGCUGCAGUUCCCCAUGGACGACUUCCAGAUCUCCACCCUAAGGCGCCAGGGCAGGACUCUGUUCUCCACCGUGCCAGAGACUGCGGAGAAAGAAGCUCACUCACUGUUUGUCCAAGAGUGCAUCAACACCUACAAGUCCGACUGGCAUGUGGUCAACUACAAGCAUGAGGAGUAUUCUGGAGACUUCCGCCAGCUCCCAAAUAAGGUGUCGAGACCUGAGAAACUGGCAGCUCACCUGUUUGAGGUGGAUGAAGAUGUGGAAAAAGACGAGGACACAGCUUCCCUCGGAUCUCAGAAGGGAGAAGUGUCUAAACAUGGCUGGCUGUACAAAGGAAACAUGAACAGUGCAAUCAGUGUUACUAUGCGGUCCUUCAAGAGGAGGUACUUCCAUCUGGCCCAGCUGGGAGAUGGAUCCUACAACCUCAACUUCUACAAGGACGAGAACACCUCCAAGGAACCCAAAGGAACCAUCUUCCUUGACUCAUGCAUGGGGGUUGUUCAGAACAGCAAAGUGCGUCGGUUCGCCUUUGAGCUAAAGAUGCAGGACAAGAGCACGUUCCUGCUGGCUGCAGACAGCGAAGCAGAGAUGGAGGAGUGGAUCGGCACCCUCAACAAGAUCCUCCACAGCAGCUUUGAACAGGCCAUGCAGGAGAAGAGGAACGGGGACCUGCACGACGACGAGGAGCACGGAAAAACAGACCUGUCCUCCGGAAGUUUCCAAGACAGCUUUCAGACUGCCAGAGAUAUUGAGUCCAAGAUGAGGAGUGAAGCUCGCCUGAAACUCUUCACCUUGGACCCUGACACACAGAAACUGGACUUCUCUGGCAUUGAGCCAGACGUGCGUCAGUUCGAAGAGAAGUUCGGGAAGAGAGUCCUGGUCAGCUGUCACGACCUGUCUUUCAACCUGCAGGGCUGCGUCGCAGAGAAUGAAGAGGGGCCGACCACUAAUGUGGAGCCGUUCUAUGUGGUCCUGUCCCUCUUCGACGUCCAGAACAGUAGAAAGAUCUCGGCCGACUUCCACGUGGAUCUCAACCACCCUUUAGUGCGACAAAUGACAUCAGGCUCCGGUAGCAGGCCGGAGUUGCACAUCAACGGCGACGGCGACGGUCCCCUGGCUGGACCAAGGCAGGCCAGUGGGCUCCCGGUCGGUGCCCUCCAGUACCCCAGGCAGGGGGUGUUCUCAGUCACGUGCCCGCAUCCAGAGAUCUUCCUGGUGGCCAGGAUCGAGAAGGUCCUGCAGGGGGGGAUCACCCACUGCACCGAACCCUACAUGAAGAGCUCAGACUCCGCCAAGAUGGCUCAAAAGGUGCUGAAGAAUGCCAAGACGGCCUGCAGCAGGCUGGGACAGUACAGGAUGCCAUUCGCCUGGGCUGCUAGGCCUGUGUUCAAAGACGCUUCGGGAACUUUGGACAAAAGCUCUCGCUUCUCAUCUCUUUACAGACAGGACAGCAGCAAGCUGUCAGACGAGGACAUGUUCAAACUGCUGACUGACUUCAGAAAACCAGAGAGAAUGGCCAAACUCCCUGUGCUCUUAGGGAACUUGGAUGUAACCAUUGACAGCGUGGCACCGGAUGUAACCAACUGCGUCACUUCCUCCUACAUCCCCGUGAGGACGUUUGAAGGCAACGGGCCCGGCAGCGCUCUUCUGGAGGUGGAGGAGUUUGUACCCUGCAUCGCCAAGUGCUCCCAGCCAUUCACCAUCUAUAGGAACCACCUCUACGUGUACCCAAAACACCUCAAAUAUGACGGACAGAAAUCCUUCACUAAGGCGAGGAAUAUUGCAGUUUGCAUUGAAUUCAAGGAUUGUGAUGAGGAUGAGGCCCAGCCGGUGAAGUGCAUCUACGGUCCUCCAGGAGCUCCUCUAUUCACUAAGCAGGCAUAUGCAACCGUCCUGCACCAUCAGCAGAACCCUGAGUUCUAUGAUGAGAUAAAGAUAGAGCUGCCGACUCAGCUGCAUGAGAAGCAUCACCUUCUCUUCACCUUCUAUCAUGUUAGCUGUGAGAGCAACAGCAAGAAGAAAGACCUGAUGGAGUCUCCAGUGGGUUCAGCAUGGCUGCCUCUGCUAAGGGAUGGCCGAGUCAUCGUGAAUGAACAGAUGCUGCCAGUGGCCGCCAAUCUGCCCGCCGGGUACCUUGGCACCCAGGAUGGAAUCAACAAGCACUCUGGCUCGGAGAUCAAAUGGGUCGACGGAGGAAAAACCCUGUUCAAAGUCUCAACUCAUCUCGUCUCCACCGUUUACACUCCGGAUCAGCACUUGCACAACUUCUUUCACCACUGUCAAAUCAUGGAGAUGUCAGAACAAGCUUCAGAGGGGGAGCUGGUAAAAUACCUGAAGAGUCUCCAUGCAAUGGAGGGUCAUGUCAUGGUCAACUUUUUGCCCACCAUCCUGAACCAGCUGUUCUGCGUCCUAACCAGAGCCACGCACGAGGAUGUGGCUGUCAACGUAACCAGGGUGAUGGUUCAUGUCGUAGCACAGUGCCAUGAAGAGGGGCUUGAACAUUACUUGAGAUCUUAUAUCAAGUUCGUGUUUAAGCCGGAGCCUUAUUCCUCUACCGAUGUAAAAACUGUUCACGAGGAGCUGGCUAAAGCCAUGACAGCUAUUCUCAAGCCGUCCACAGACUUCCUAACUAGCAACAAGCUGCUGAAGUAUUCGUGGUACUUCUUUGAAGCUCUGGUGAAAUCAAUGGCUCAUUAUCUCAUGGAGAGCGGGAAGGUCAAGCUCUCCAGGAACCAGCGUUUCUCGGCAUCCUUCUACCACGCAGCGGAGACUCUGGUGAAUAUGCUGAUGCCACACAUCACCCAGAAGUACAAGGACAACCUGGAUGCGGCUCGCAAUGCCAAUCACAGUCUGGCAGUUUUCAUCAAGCGCUGCUUCACCGUCAUGGACAGAGGCUUCGUGUUCAAGCAGAUCAAUAACUACAUGAACUGCUUUAUGCCUGGAGACCCCAAGACUUUGUAUGAAUUCAAGUUUGAGUUCCUGCGCGUUGUUUGCAACCAUGAGCACUAUGUCCCUCUUAAUCUACCCAUGCCCUUUGGAAAAGGCAGAAUUCAAAGGUUCCAAGAUCUGCAGCUGGACUAUUCCCUGACUGACGACUUCUGUCGAAACCACUUCCUGGUGGGGCUGCUGCUGAGGGAGGUGGGCGGUGCCCUUCAGGAGUUUCGAGAGAUCCGUCAGAUCGCCAUCCAGGUGCUCAAGGGGCUGAUGAUCAAACACACGUUUGACGACCGCUAUGCUGCGAAAAGCCAGCAGGCCAGACUCGCCACCCUCUACCUCCCUCUGUUUGGUCUGCUCCAGGAGAACGUUUACAGACUUGACAUGAAGGAGUCUGCCCCCCUCAGCAACCACAAUAAUGCCAGGGAGGACUCUCUGGUACCCAACUCCAUGGUGACCCCUCAGAAACCCGGGAGCUGCAUAGAAAAUGCUCUCCACAAAGAUGUGUUUGGAGUCAUCUCUGGAACAGCCUCCCCUCACAGCUCCACUCCCAACAUCAGCUCAGUGCAACACGCAGACUCCAGAGGCUCUCUGAUCUCCACCGACUCUGGAAACAGCCUGCUGGACAAGAGCAGUGACAAGACCAACUCCCUGGAGAAGUACCAGUGUGCGUCGGCUCUGGGCAGCGCCGUGCUGCGCUGUGACAAACUGGACCGGGACGAGAUCAAAAACGUGCUCAUGUGCUUCCUGCACAUCCUCAAGAGCAUGUCAGAGGAGGCCCUUUUCGCGUACUGGAACAAAGCAGCUCCCUCAGAACUGAUGGACUUCUUCACAUUGAUAGAAGUCUGCCUCCAUCAGUUUAGAUACAUGGGGAAGAGAUUCAUCGUCAGGAGCCAGGAGGGGGCGGGGCCUGUAGCUCCGGACAGGAAGUCUCUGACUCUGCCUGUGUCUCGUAACAGGGCGGGGAUCUUGCAUGCCCGCCUUCAGCAGCUGGGAACUCUGGAGAACGCUCACACCUUCAACAACAUGUACUCUCACACGGAGGCAGACGUGAGCAGCCAGUGCCUGCUGGAGGCCAAUGUGUCCACAGAGGUCUGUCUGACAGUGCUGGACACACUCAGCAUCUUCAUCAUGGGAUUCAAGACGCAGCUGAAUUCGGAUCUCGGUCACAACCCCCUGAUGAAGAAAGUGGUCCAGGUGCAUCUGUGCUUCCUGCAGAUCCCUCAGUCCGAGGCCGCCCUCAAACAGGUCUUCACCUCACUGAGGACCUUCAUCUACAAGUUCCCCUGCACCUUCUUUGACGGACGUGCCGACAUGUGUGCCUCUCUGUGCUAUGAAAUCCUCAAGUGCUGCAACUCCAAGCUGAGCUCCAUCCGCAGCGACGCCGCCCAUCUCCUCUACUUUCUCAUGAAAAGCAACUUCGACUACACCGGACGCAAGUCUUUUGUCCGAACACACCUGCAGGUGGUCAUUGCUGUCAGUCAGCUGAUUGCCGAUGUCAUCGGCAUCGGGGGUACCCGUUUCCAGCAGUCGCUCUCCAUCAUUAACAACUGUGCCAACAGUGACAAGAGCAUCAAGCACACAGCAUUUCCGUCAGAUGUGAAGGACCUGACGAAGCGCAUCAGGACGGUGCUGAUGGCCACGGAACAGAUGAAGGAGCACGAGGACGACCCGGAGAUGCUGGUGGACCUCCAGUACAGCUUGGCCAAGUCCUACACCAGCACGCCCGAGCUCCGCAAGACCUGGCUGGACAGCAUGGCCCGCAUCCACAACAAGAACGGAGAUCUCUCUGAGGCAGCCAUGUGUUACGUGCAUGUUGCAGCCCUGGUAGCUGAGUACCUGUGGAGGAAAGGUAUGUUCAGGCAGGGCUGCUCGUCUUUCCGCGUCACCACCCCGAACAUCGACGAGGAGGCAGCCAUGAUGGAGGACGUCGGGAUGCAGGAUGUCCACUUCAACGAGGAGGUGCUGAUGGAGCUGUUGGAGGAGUGCGCUGAUGGCUUCUGGAAGGCGGAGCGCUAUGAGCUCAUCGCUGAUGUCUACAGGCUCAUCAUCCCCAUCUACGAGCAGCGCAGGGACUUUGAGAAACUGACUCACCUGUAUGAUACCCUCCACCGUGCCUACACUAAAGUGAUGGAGGUGAUGCACACUGGCAAGAGACUGCUGGGCACAUACUUCAGAGUGGCCUUCUUUGGACAGGCUGCGGGCUUCUUUGAGGAUGAAGAUGGAAAGGAAUACAUCUACAAGGAGCCAAAGUUCACCCCGCUGUCUGAGAUUUCCCAGAGGCUCCUGAAGCUCUACUCCGACAAGUUUGGUCAGGAGAACGUGAAGAUCAUUCAGGACUCUGGCAAGGUGAACCCGAAGGACCUGGACUCCAAGUACGCCUACAUCCAGGUGACCCACGUCACGCCCCACCUGGACGACAAGGAGCUGGAGGACAGGAAGACCGACUUCGAGAAGAGCCACAACAUCCGGCGCUUCGUGUUCGAGACGCCGUUCACCGUGUCGGGCAAGAAGCAGGGAGGGGUGGAAGAGCAGUGCAAGCGGCGGACCGUCCUCACCACCACCCACUGCUUCCCUUACGUGAAGAAGCGCAUAGCAGUCAUGUACCAACACCAGACCGACCUGGGCCCCAUUGAGGUGGCCAUCGACGAGAUGAGCGCCAAGGUGGCCGAGCUGCGUCUGCUGUGCUCGGCCUCCGAGGUGGACAUGAUCCGCCUGCAGCUCAAACUGCAAGGCAGCAUCAGCGUUCAGGUCAAUGCCGGUCCACUUGCUUACGCCAGAGCCUUCUUCGACGACAGUAGUGCCAAGAAAUAUCCCGACAACAAGGUCAAACAGCUCAAAGAGGUGUUCAGGCAGUUCGUGGACGCCUGCGGUCAGGCGCUGGGAGUGAACGAGCGGCUGAUCAAAGAGGACCAGCAGGAGUACCAGGACGAGAUGAAGGCCAACUACAGGGACCUGGCCAGGGAGCUGUCGAACAUCAUGCACGAACAGAUAAACCCGGUGGAAGACGGCACGAGGAGCGCUCUGUCCGACUCCACGGGCAUCUUCAACGCCAUCAGCGGCACGCCAACCAGUGCCAACCCACACGGCUCGACCACCAUACUCUGAUCCAGAUGUUUCACACCAGACUCUUGCCUUCUACGCCACUAAUGACUGAUUAAACUAGCUGUCACUCAAGAGGAGGGACACUCUACAAUCUGAAGCCGUCAUCCAUCGGCGUUUCUUUCCAUCCUGCUAUAUGUCAUGAGGCUCACUCCCUGUUAUCAGUUGGCCCAUUGCUCUUGUUUCCUAUGGAGACUAAUUCUAGUUCUCGACUUAUUGACAGUUUUGGGUCAUUUUGUAUAGUUUGUUCUAUCCUACGUGAGACGGGGUAAAGCAGAGCAAGCGUGUGACUGACAACAUGAUGCUAUGUUAAACAUCCCGGUGUCUUAAGCUCCACCCCAGGAUGUUAGAACAAACAUGACUGCAUUUGACCCAAGUCUACGAUUGUCUCUUUUUUUUGUACAGUGUUUUGUAGGAGAGAGCGUUUUUAAAGCCACUGCUGUAACCGUACAUACAUUCUUCAGCUGGUGCACAGUAUUUUUACAUUUCCCUUUUUCUAUUCUUUUCAUUGUGACCCCUGUUACGCAGACGCAUCAGAGUUUAUCUUUUAUUCUUACCUUUGAAAGAAUCAUUCGCUCUAUUUUAGGCCAAUGGACAUGUAUAGAAACUGUCUGAAGCCAAGUGAACCACAACGUUUUAACCUUUUUCUGUCCUGUAAAAAAAGUUUGUGCAAUAUUUUGUAUUGUUACCGUGGCUACCUGCUGCACAGAAAACCACUCUUGCCAAAGACAUUAGAAAAAAGACUCUUCAAGGCCGGACGAGGGUGUGACUAUUUGUAAACUCCCCCCUUUGUUUCUUUGUCCGUCAUGUGGAUGCCUUUUAUUAUCUGCGGUAUGGUUUAAAAACAUUUUUACUUAGUGACUGCUCAUGUACAUAUGUUUAAGUCUUUAAAUAUAUAUAAAAAACUGUAAUAAUG